AUGAGGAAGUAUAUAAUCCGUUCAAAAAAAGAGACUUGGAUUUACUCUUUAUGGCCCCUUCCCAGUUUUAACCCCUUUCCUGUGAAAGAGACUUGGAUUUACUCUUUAUGGCCCCUUCCCAGUUUUAACCCCUUUCCUGUGAAAGAGACUUGGAUUUACUCUUUAUGGCCCCUUCCCAGUUUUAACCCCUUUCCUGUGAAAGAGACUUGGAUUUACUCUUUAUGGCCCCUUCCCAGUUUUAACCCCUUUCCUGUGAAAGAGACUUGGAUUUACUCUUUAUGGCCCCUUCCCAGUUUUAACCCCUUUCCUGUGAAAGAGACUUGGAUUUACUCUUUAUGGCCCCUUCCCAGUUUUAACCCCUUUCCUGUGAAAGAGACUUGGAUUUACUCUUUAUGGCCCCUUCCCAGUUUUAACCCCUUUCCUGUGAAAGAGACUUGGAUUUACUCUUUAUGGCCCCUUCCCAGUUUUAACCCCUUUCCUGUGAAAGAGACUUGGAUUUACUCUUUAUGGCCCCUUCCCAGUUUUAACCCCUUUCCUGUGAAAGAGACUUGGAUUUACUCUUUAUGGCCCCUUCCCAGUUUUAACCCCUUUCCUGUGAAAGAGACUUGGAUUUACUCUUUAUGGCCCCUUCCCAGUUUUAACCCCUUUCCUGUGAAAGAGACUUGGAUUUACUCUUUAUGGCCCCUUCCCAGUUUUAACCCCUUUCCUGUGAAAGAGACUUGGAUUUACUCUUUAUGGCCCCUUCCCAGUUUUAACCCCUUUCCUGUGAAAGAGACUUGGAUUUACUCUUUAUGGCCCCUUCCCAGUUUUAACCCCUUUCCUGUGAAAGAGACUUGGAUUUACUCUUUAUGGCCCCUUCCCAGUUUUAACCCCUUUCCUGUGAAAGAGACUUGGAUUUACUCUUUAUGGCCCCUUCCCAGUUUUAACCCCUUUCCUGUGAAAGAGACUUGGAUUUACUCUUUAUGGCCCCUUCCCAGUUUUAACCCCUUUCCUGUGAAAGAGACUUGGAUUUACUCUUUAUGGCCCCUUCCCAGUUUUAACCCCUUUCCUGUGAAAGAGACUUGGAUUUACUCUUUAUGGCCCCUUCCCAGUUUUAACCCCUUUCCUGUGAAAGAGACUUGGAUUUACUCUUUAUGGCCCCUUCCCAGUUUUAACCCCUUUCCUGUGAAAGAGACUUGGAUUUACUCUUUAUGGCCCCUUCCCAGUUUUAACCCCUUUCCUGUGAAAGAGACUUGGAUUUACUCUUUAUGGCCCCUUCCCAGUUUUAACCCCUUUCCUGUGAAAGAGACUUGGAUUUACUCUUUAUGGCCCCUUCCCAGUUUUAACCCCUUUCCUGUGAAAGAGACUUGGAUUUACUCUUUAUGGCCCCUUCCCAGUUUUAACCCCUUUCCUGUGAAAGAGACUUGGAUUUACUCUUUAUGGCCCCUUCCCAGUUUUAACCCCUUUCCUGUGAAAGAGACUUGGAUUUACUCUUUAUGGCCCCUUCCCAGUUUUAACCCCUUUCCUGUGAAAGAGACUUGGAUUUACUCUUUAUGGCCCCUUCCCAGUUUUAACCCCUUUCCUGUGAAAGAGACUUGGAUUUACUCUUUAUGGCCCCUUCCCAGUUUUAACCCCUUUCCUACAAAUGAGACAGAUUUAUUCUCUACCCUUCAACCCCCCCCCACCCAGGUUUUAUAACCCCUUCUUCCCAACGCGCUGUCUCUGUGUCCUCUUGCUCCCCCCAACCCCUGCCCUCACCCAGUCACUCCUAAUCGAGGAGCGCGGUUGUUGAGUGAGAGGCGUUUGGACUGAGGGUCUUCAGUACAGAUUGGAGUUUUCUCGGGUGGGUAGUGCUGUUAAGAUAUUCCACAGUCUUGUUCAGUCAUUACACUGUCAACUCUCCCUGGGCCGGCUCAAUUGCUCGCACCCUCCUUUCUCCCUCUGCGGUGGUAAAGCACUUCCUUCACCCUCGCGAUCCACUCCCAAGUCACCUUGGAGACUGUAGACUGUCCCUCGAGAUACUGGGAGGGGGGAGUUGGUAAGAUAUCCCUUCACAGGUCACACAUUCAGAAUAAGGGACUAUCCCUUAAUGGGAGUGGAUAGAAGGUCUCCCUGAGGGGCUGCGUUCUUUCUCCUCACCCCCCCCCCCCCGUUUAUAGAGUACUGCCUCACCCAGGAUGAGCAACUCGUGGUCAGGGAAUGAAGAGACUGUUCAGCUGUGGAUUUUGGGUGCCCAGGGACAGUGUGAUUGUCAGCUGGUUGGCAGAAGCUGGCCAGAGACCGUGCCAAAGAUGGGGUGCUCCUGGCACCCUUAAUCCCCCCCUCACCUGCCUCCCGGGUACCAAUGGCCACAGGGUGCAUGCUUGCAGAAGAACAAAGAGGUAUAUGUGGGGGGGUGGGGGGAGGUGGUCAAUCACCCACAGACUGUCACAGAAACAA